GGUAUUAGGUAUUGCCAUGGUGCGGUUUUAUAUACAGAAAGGAACACAUAGAGGCUUAUUCAGAAGCGUUCAAAAGACGCUUAAAUUUUUCCAGACAUUUGCUUUGCUUGAGGUAGUCCACUGUGCAGUUGGAAUAGUUCGCACAUCUGUGCUUGUGACUGGGGUCCAAGUGAGUUCAAGAAUCUUCAUGGUGUGGUUCAUUGCGCAUAGUAUAAAACAGAUCCAGAAUGAGGAGAGCGUUAUUCUUUUUCUGGUCGUAUGGACUGUGACAGAGAUUACUCGAUAUUCCUUCUACACAUUCAACCUGCUCAACCAUUUGCCAUACUUCAUUAAAUGGGCCAGAUACAACUUUUUUAUCAUUUUGUAUCCUGCUGGAGUUGCAGGUGAACUGCUAACCAUAUAUGCUGCUUUACCCUAUGUGAAGAAAACAGGAAUGUUUUCACUGAGACUUCCCAACAAAUAUAAUGUCUCCUUUGACUACUAUUACUUCCUUAUUAUUGUCAUGUUCUCCUAUGUGCCAUUAUUUCCACAACUCUACUUCCACAUGCUGCGGCAGAGAAGAAGGGUACUUCAUGGAGAAGUGAUUGUGGAAAAGGACGAUUGAAUCAAGAUGUGUAACUAUGGUGCUUUUAAUGGAAAUGGGAAAAAAAAAAAGAGGGUAAAAAACCAAAACUUCCUGUGAUUUUUCUGAGUCCAAGUUUUAAAACAUGGAACAAGAAUAAACAACUGUGCAU